UUAUGUUUUCAUCGGGGAUUACAGAUGGUAAUGUUAAGAAUGGGGCACUGCCUGGGGUCCUAAUGGCAAUGGGUUAAUACUCAGGACUUAACUCUAUUUAAAAGCCUUCCACCAAGUCCUACUCAGUACACUUUUGGAGUCUCAUCUAUCAAGAUCAUCUGUCUGCUGUGCGUACAAUAGUUCUAAUUCAAAUGUACUGAUUUGCAUCAAACUGCUUCUCCAGGAUGUAGUUUUAGGUAAUUUAUUUUUCUGCUUACUUAGUUUUCAAUUGGAGACAAAUGUUUUUUUUUUAUAAUGGCAACUGCUGAAGUGGAUUGAAAUUCAUAAAUUACUGUUUCUGCUUUAGGUUUACAGUGUGAAAGCGAAAAUCCCCAGAACAGGACACGGUUUUUGAUGAGAGUUACUCAAGUGGAGAAAUGGAGGGUGAACAAUGCACCUCAAGUUCCUCUGAAUCUGGACAGAUCACAUCUACUGUGGCAGAGUGUGACUCCCAUGACUUGCCCCAUGCCACAGAUAACAAACAAUGCCUUCUUGGUCAACAAGUGUCUUUACCAGAGUUUAAAUACCAGGAGCCCAGGGAUAAUGGUCAUCUUGGUUCAGCACCUCAGAUCUCUGUAAAAGACAGUACUCCAGACACAAACAGGAAGAUUCUGUUGGUACCAGCCAGCCAAAUGCAGCUUCUCUCUGAGCGCAGCCACUCUACUUCCAUACUGGCAGAAUCAGCUGAAGAACAACAGAAGUUAAUCAACAUGAUCCUUCAUGGUCAGCGCGGACGUAUCGAAGACCAGAGGUGUUCUCUGGGCCGAGGUCCAGAUUUUGAAAAGCUGUUUAACCUCUUAGCUCACUCCCAGAGCCAACGACUCAACGACCAACGACUGUUUCUUCCUUCAUUACCAGGAUUAGGGAAAGAAAAUUCCUCAUCUAUUGGUGGAGAUUCAAGCUACUUAUGUUACUUGGUCUCUAAAGUCCAGGAUUCCAGAAUAGAAGAUCAAAGGUGUGCAUUACCUCAGAUUCUAACCCAGUGUUCCCCAGAAAAGGAUCAAUCCAUAUCUUCAGACCUUUCAUUCCUGGACAUGCUUAAUACUCACACUCCUUCCCAGUGCCAGUCAACACCAGAACAUAAUCCCAGUGAGAUAGCUAUGCCCAAAGAUUCUGAGAGGUUUUUCAACCUGCUGGCUGCCUCGCAGGGCCGACGGCUUAAUGACCAACGAGUGUUUCUUCCUUCAUUGCCUGGAAUACAGAACGGAGGCAACACAUCAUCAACUGCUGCAGACAUAGAUGCAAGCUACUUGUGCUACAUGGUUUCCAAAGUCCAGGGCUCUCGAAUGGAGGAUCAGAGAUGUUCUGCACCCCACAUCUUCCAGAACCUGGGCAACAAACGCCCGUCUCCUAAAUCUCUCAGAAGGUCUGCCUCCUUAAAUCGUGUUAAAACUGAACAACCUCGGCAGGAGUUGACUCAAGCUGACCUGGAGCAUUUCCUGAAAAUGAUAAGCCAUGCGCAACGAGGACGGAUGGAAGAGCAGCGUUGCUAUUUACAGCUGAGCAGAAGCACACCUGCCACUCCUACACACAAUGGAAGUGCUUUAAGUAGUUUUCUCAGAGGUGCAGAAGCUGAGGCAUUCUUCACAAUCAUUGCCUCCAGUCAGGCACGGCGCAUAGAUGAUCAGCGUGUUGUGCUUCCUACGUUGCCAGGCAUUGGUGUGAAUUCUGAAGAAAAAGAUAAGGCUUCUCUAUCACAGAGCACUCAGGUUGAAAGUACACCAGCUACAUCUUUUGCAUCUACAUCUAAAAUGGAUCACUCAGAACCUGACACUCCCAGAGCCCUACCCAAAUCUGCUUCAUUUACCACUGAGACAGAACAUCAGAAGAAGCAAAAUUACCCAUCGCAGAUGAAAGUGAAGAUGUCCAUGAGUUUCACACCACAGCGGGGUCAGGAGAAUGUUGAUCAACCAUGUACAUUCCCAGAAGUCUUCCUCACUUUAGGAGCACCAGGAGAUAACCUUGUGAUACCUCUGAGCCCUGCGCCCGGAAGAUCCCUUUUCUUGGACUUGAACCUUGUCCCAAAAGAAGAUGGCAAUUCCAGGCAAAGCUCCCCAAGUCCCAGAAAAAGCUGUUCAAAAGCAUCGUCUUCUGACACAACUAUAACCCAUAAUGCUGAAACGUCAUGUCCACCUAACCAGAGGAAACCCAUGACCAGCCCUAUCAGUCCAGAUGAAGACUAUUUCUCUCUCAUUGAGAGGGUUCAUACAACCCAACUGCAGAAAGCAUUGGGUCAAGCAGGACAAAAGUGGAUGUGUGGUUGUGUAAAGGGGAGGGAAAAGACAAAACAAGCAAAGGGGAAGGGAGGUGGAAAGAAAGAUAGGAAGGAUGGGGGAAAUAAACAGUAGUCAGUUAUGAUGAGUUGUGAAAUUAAUAUGUGAAACAUGUGUGUUGAAAAAAGAAAAGCGUUAGUAAUUAACUAAUAGUUAUUGAAAUUUGUCUAUAAAAUAGAAGUUCUUGAAUCUUUAAAAUCAUUACAAUGUUUGUAAUAUAGCUUAAUACUGAUAUGAAGAAACUAAGUAGGUUAUCAUUGACUUCAAUGCAAAUAUAACUUAGUUAUAAAUGAACAUUAAUACUAACUCUGUACAGUUUUGUGUAUUGGCUACCUAAACCACUUUGCUUAUUUAAAUAUGAAUAUGAUGAGAAAGGAGGCAUUAUACACGACACAGGCAUAUUUUAACAUUUAUUAAAGAUGUACAGAAAAUUCACGCCACAGUGAAUUUCAGUGUAGAGGCCUCAGCUGUACUUUCUCAUUCAGCGGAGUCACCUCCCUGGAAAAGAGAGAUCAUUAGCAUUUAUAGGCAAUGGGAAAAAUAAAAACAAAUUCAGUCUUUUUUUUUUCUAGAUUUGUAAUUCCAACUGAGAAGUGUGUGUGGAUGAAUGGCGACAUGCCCAUAAUGUAAUAAUAUCAUAACAAUGUCAGUGUGAAUAAAAUGUUACCUUUCCAGCA